AUGGGCCGGAUCACAGAAGACCUCGUUAGGCGGAAUGCCGAGCACAACGACUGUGUAAUUUUUUCGCUGGAGGAGCUCUCCUUGCAUCAGCAAGAAAUAGAAAGGCUAGAACACAUUGACAGAUGGUGCCGGGACUUAAAAAUCCUCUACCUCCAAAACAACCUCAUUGGGAAGAUUGAAAACGUUGGUAAACUCAAGAAACUUGAAUAUUUGAAUUUAGCUUUAAACAACGUUGAAAAAAUUGAAAAUCUGGAAGGGUGUGAGGAGCUGACCAAACUGGACCUGACUGUGAAUUUCAUCGGAGAGCUGAGCAGCGUUAAGACCCUGCGGGGCAACGUCCACCUGAGGGAGCUCUUUCUCAUGGGGAACCCGUGUGCUGACUUCGAAGGCUACCGGCCGUUCGUGGUGGCAGCUCUCCCGCAGCUACAGUGCUUGGACGGGAAAGAAAUAGAGCGCUCAGAAAGGAUUCAGGCGCUGCAGAACCUCCCAGCGGUUGAACAACGAAUCAGGGAGCAGGAGAGAGCUCACUGCCUCAAACGAGCCAGAGAGAAGCAGGAGGCUCAGCGGAAACUCCGAGAAGAGCUUGAAAACAAAGAAAAGGAAAACCGCCCAGGCUUCGAGGGACACUGGGACCCCGGCAGUGGUGCCACUCUCCCACCUUCUGCAGAGAGCAAAGACCACCCGCAGGCGCCCGACAUACAAGGAGGGGAACGUAACCACAGGAAACCAGAGGACGGCGAAGAUGACCUGGAAUUCUGGAAUAAACCCUCUUUGUUUACUCCUGAGUCUAGAUUGGAGACUCUGAGGCAUAUGGAGAAACAACGAAGAGACCAGGAGAAGUUAAGUGAAAAAAAGAAGAAAGUGAAACCACCCAGGACGUUGAUCACUGAAGAUGGGAGAGCCCUCAACGUAAAUGAGCCCAAACUUGACUUCUCUCUGAAAGACGACGAAAACCGACACCAGAUCAUCCUGGACCUGGCUGUGUACAGGUAUAUGGACACCUCUCUGAUCCACGUCGAUGUGCAGCCGACUUACGUGCGAGUGAUGGUCAAGGGAAAGCCCUUCCAGCUCGCCCUCCCGGCAGAGGUCCGGCCUGACAGCAGCUCUGCCCGGAGAUCGCAGACGACAGGGCAUCUGGUCAUCUGCAUGCCCAAGGCAGGAGAGGUCAUCACAGGCGGCCGGGGAACACACACAUCUGUGCGAAGUACCAUGGACAGCAGCAGAGAGCAGCCGGACAAAAGAAGCAAGCCAACUGAGAAACUAGAAGUGGACCCCAGCAAGCACUCCUUCCCCGAUGUGGCUAACAUAGUUCAAGGGGCAAGACACACGCCCAGGCGAGUCCGGCCCGCACCCGGAGUGAUGCCAAGUGAGGAAGAUCCAGACUUCGAAGAUAACCCUGAAGUGCCCCCUUUGAUCUGA